AAUUAGCAAUCUAAACAUGGCAUAUGGCGACGGGUUGGUGUUCGGGUUGGGUUUCUUAAAAUUGGAUCGGAAGUCGGAACGUUGCAUGUUGUCCUGGCCGGUGAAGGAAGGACGUGAACCUGAUUGCUACAACGAGCAGAGGUACGUUGUUAAGUUUGAUCCUAUUUCUGAACAAUUUCGAGCAUCUCUGCAACUCUGGCAAUCAUUUAGAUGGACCAAACUAAACGGCAGGGCCAAGUUAGGCAAUCAAAAUUCUUCUUUAUAA